GGAGUAGUUUUUUUAAAAAAAAGUAAUUUUCGUAGGUGUACUUGUUCCCUUGACUUUCCUCCCUAUGCGGGUGGUGUAUAUAUAAAGUAAGCCCUUUGAUGACAAAAUGUUAGACCACCAAAACCCACAUUUCACCUUCAUUGGCUUUUACAAAAAAAAAAAAGUUCAAUUCUAUAGACUAUAAUACCACACUGUAUAUGGAGUCACCGUCAAGUGAGACCACGGCAACAACCACCACCAAUUCUUCAAUGUCUUCCUCUUCUCCGCCGCCUCCCACCACCCCACCACCGCCGGCGGCAACAGUAGUCAGCCCUUGCGCCGCCUGUAAGAUCCUAAGGCGGAGGUGCGCCGAGAAAUGUGUUCUUGCGCCGUACUUUCCGCCCAAUGAUCCGAUGAAGUUUACCACGGCUCAUCGGGUCUUUGGAGCCAGCAACAUUAUUAAACUCUUACAGGAAUUGCCAGAGGCGCAGAGGGGGGAUGCGGUGAGCAGCAUGGUGUACGAGGCGAAGGCGCGACUGAGGGACCCGGUGUACGGCAGCGCGGGCGCCAUAUGUCACCUUCAAAACCAAGUGAACGAGCUCCAGGCCCAGCUCGCCGUGGCCCAGGCCGAGCUUCUCAACCUCCAACUCCGCCACGCCCACCUCAUGGCCAUCGUCUACAUGGACAACAACAAUAAUCAUAAUCAUAAUCAUAGCCUCCCAUCAUCCUCAUCAUCCUCAUCAAAAACACCACCACCUCCUCCUCAUCAUCAUCGCGUACUGGGGGAUGGCGAUGGGGAGAUGAACUCUGGGCCGAGUAACCGCCUACUCGGCGGCUUCCUGCAGGAAGAGAACAAUGUGGUCGUCCUCGAGUCUGAUCUUUUCGGGACGACCACAAACAACAACAGUCUACCGGCUAGUUUUAUAAUCCCUGGCUAGUUGGAUUGGGGCAUGCGUUGAGUUAAUUACUUAAUUACAUGACAUAUAUUUAUGUGUAGAAUACAUUUUCAUAAACAUUGUAGUGAUUG